CGAGUCCGAAGCGCGCCUCCGCUCCACCCCGCUGCCCCCCACGAGCACGGGCAGCGCGCCCGGCCGCCCCCGUGGCUGGCGCCCGGGGCCCGCGGGUCCCUCAGCUGCGUCGCGCGGGCGGUGGAAGAAGAGGACGACGGACGAGGAUGGGACGCCUCUCGGUUCCGGCCUCCCACUUUCUUCCGCACUGCGAGCCGAAUCAUACUCAAGCAAGCCGCGCGCGGGCCGCCGGGGGGAGAGAGAACCGGAGAAGACAAGUGUUUUCUCCCCGGAAUUCCGCGCCAGCUCCUCCUCCCCUGUGCAUUUUGGCAGCGCAGAUCACGCUGCUCCCGUCCAUGAUCCAUCCACCCUCUUCUCCCUUUCUCAUCAGGCCUUGACUGUUCUCGACUCCCCUAAUCACCAGCUCGGUCUAUUCUCCUCUUCCUCGCCGCGCUCCGUCCUGUCUCCGACACACACACGCCAUCUGCUGCCGCGUAAACACCGGGAAAUACCAGGCCUUCCUUUCCUGCUAUAAGCAAGUUUCAACUCCCCAAGUUCGCUGCUUUUGGUCAAUCUUAUCUGCGCUCCCAGGUCUCAGCGUCGCCGGUCCCCUUUUACUUCGAUCCCUCUAUCCGAUCACUGCAAUUCUAAGCUUCAAUUACCUCCUUUCUGGGAAAAUUCACUCUCUGAUAAAGCAAGCCGUUGAGCGGCUCACGCACCACACCACCAGUAGCUAGCUUCAGCUAAGAUCUCCAUCUUCCCCCAUGCUACAAGCUCCUCCAGGACCGUCAGCCAUGGCAGAGCUAUAGCGGUUGCUCCAGUUGGCCCGCUCAAGCCGCGAAAUUCGGGACCCCUUCCCGGCUCCCGCGCCAUGGACGGCCUCCCCGACGCCGACGCGGCGCCGUUGGCGGCCGCGCCGCCGCAGAAGCGCGACGAGUGGAGCGAGAGCGGCAUCGCGCGCCUGCUCGAGGCCUACGAGGCCAAGUGGCUGCUGCGGAACCGCGCCAAGCUCAAGUGGAGCGACUGGGUCGACAUCGCCCGCGAGGUGUCCGUGCAUUGCGCCGACGACGCCGCGGCCGCGGGGAAGCCCCCCGGCGGCGUCGGUAGCAGCGCCAAGACCCCCAACCAGUGCAAGAACAAGGUCGAGUCCAUGAAGAAGCGCUACCGGGCCGAGACCGCCGCGGUGGCGCGCGCCGGCCCGGCCGCCGCCGGCCCGUCGUGGAGGUUCUUCGCCCGCAUGGACGGCCUGCUCAAGGGACCGCCCGUCGGCCCUGACCAGGUGCAGCAGCAGCAGGCGCUGACUAACAGCAGAAUAGACUUGCGAGCUCCGGCGAAACCGGAGGCCGAGGCAGAAGCUGACUUUGCCGCGCAGCUGCGGGAUGCGGUUCCAGGUGCAUUCACUGAUCUGAUGAACAUGGACGCGAAUGGCGCCGUCCCGGAUAAAGCGGAGAAGGCUGACAACAGCAUGCAGAAGGAGAGCGGGCCUGCUGAUAGCGAUGCCAACGUCAGUUCUCCGAGGAGUAAGGUGGCGAACGAGGACGUGGAGGAGGUGGAGGACAAGGUCUGGGACCGGCCCAAGAAGAGAAAGAGCACAGACUUCGAUAUAGCCAAGAGCAUCGAGCUGCUGGCUAGCUCCUUCUUGAAGGUUGAGCAGGCCAGGAUGGAGAUGUACAGGGAGACAGAAAGAAUGAGGGUUGAGGCUGAGAUCAAGAAGGGGGAGAUGGAGCUCAAGAGGACUGAGAUCAUGGCGAAAACACACCUGCAGAUCGCUAGGCUUUUCGCGAGGAAGUUGAAGCAGAGCAGUGGAAAGAACGGUGGCAGUUCGUCAGUAACGGCUGAAGUGGACACCCUUACCAAGAAGGGCGAGAAUGGUUAGUGUCAACGCAACAUCAUGAUAAAAUGGUUAUAGUUUUGCAAAAAGUUCCUAGAAUUUGUUAUAUGGCAAAAGCAAAAAAUUCCCCUAUAGAGUACAUACCUUUCUCUGUCAGCAUUGAACUUCAGCCAGAAUUAACGCUAGCACUUCUCUUUAUCAGAAAUUGAUUAUUAUGUAAAUUCGGGGACAGUUUGGGAGUUUUUGCAGUGGGAUGGCUGUGUAACAUACCAACUUUGCUGCUGUUGUCCGCUUUCAACUAUUCUCGGCCAAUUCUUAGAAAUGAAGUCUUAAUGGUUAUUGCGAGUCAAGAUCUUUCCGCAGUAAAUGGACAUAGUGCUCGUGUUCUGAGAUCAUGUUUUAUUUACUUGUCAUAGAAGGGAUUGAUAGCACUUGUAAAAGGAGUACAAUGGAAGCUUCUUAUCGAGCUCUAAUUUAAGAUUUGUUUCAGACUACAGAUAUUGCUGUAAUUCAUGGAACAUGUUACAAUGAAAAGGAACACCUUUACAUUAAUGAAAUGAUUUGUAUGUUCCAAACA